UAUUCCACUCACCUGCUGCGCAGGGCGGCGGCUCUGUGUUACUUGUCGCUGGAUCGUGGCGCUCGUGUUUCUGUGGAUGUCUAACUUGUGUUCUCUUCCCGUGUACAGACCCUACUGGACGCUUCCCUAUUUUCCCUUGUCUUUGACGUGAGUUAGGAUAUUCGUAUGUGAACGUCAUGUAUCGUACAAAAGAGGACGUGUGAGGGACUGGCGAUUGAGAAGAGGAGUUUUGGACGUGUUCAUUUUUCCCUGGAUUCCCGGGAGCACUAAUUGCCCUGCACUGUUGUUUAUAGCGCCUGGUGUCACUGUAAAUAAACUCUCUUUAAUUAAAACCUUAGUUCUGCGCUAGAGUCUGCUCGUUCACCUUGACAGGAUCAGAAAUUACAAUUUCUUUCAGUUUCUAUUCUUGGUCAUGGAUGGUUUUGUGCGAAACAAACUGACUGAAUGGAAACUAAGUGACUGGAUUGAGGCAUUUGAAGCUCAAGAAAUUGAUAAGGAAAGUCUGUAUCUUCUCAAUGAUCAGGAAAUUGAUCAAUUGAUCACAAAAGCUGGACCUAGAGUAAAAUUCAAGGAUAAACUAAAGCUGUUAAAGGAAGAGCAAAAUACAACUCAACCACAAAAAGAAGCCGUCAAUACUUCUGGUCAAUCUCCAGUCGCAGCUCAACACAGCCCGUUCCUCCUGCACUAUCAGGAGCAGGAUCAGCAGAAACUCCUCAACAGCAACAUUGUACCCCAUCAGGAUUAUCCAUCCAUAAGUGAAAAAGGAAAAAGAAAGUCAGAACUUGAGUUGGGCGAAUGGCAACCAUCUCCUAAACGACAAGACAACUGUGCAGCAGGAUCACAGUCAGAAACAAAAAUACUGUCUGAUGUCAAAGACAUAAUGAGACGUGUCAGUCAAAGACUACAUGGCCGUGACAAGCUCAGCGCUUUCCUAAAGGAUAAAAUCAAAGAUUUGGAGACAGAAAAGAGACACCUGGUUGGUGUCUUUGGUAGAACCGGGGCUGGAAAGAGUUCUUUAAUCAAUGCCAUCAUAAAUAAGGAGGGCCUGUUGCCUUCUGCAAGUGUCAGUGCAUGUACCUCAGUAAUGAUAAAGGUGGAGGCUACCAAUGGAUCAAAGUAUGAGGCACACAUCGAGUUCAUUACAAAAAAGGAUUGGGAAAAUGAGGUGCAGUCCCUAAAACUGGCUCUUGAAGAAGAUGAUGAUGAUGAUGGUGGUAAUGGUGAUUGUCUUGACCGUGAUGAAACGUUAUCAGCGCUGUAUGGAGAAGAGUGGAAAGAAAAAUCAACUCACAGCCUCAUGGACAACAAAUAUUUCAGAGAUAUUCCAGAGUUUCAAAUGUCCAAGAUAAAAAUUUUGGAAAGUGACUCAGCUGAAGGAUUGUCUGAAAAAUUUGUGAGAUAUACAAGAAGUGAGUCAAAUGAGACAGAAGAAGUAAAGAGGUGGUACUGGCCACUUGUGAAGUGUGUGACUGUCAAAGUGCCAGACAAUGAUUUUCUUGAUCAUGUCACACUCAUGGACCUUCCUGGAAACGGUGACUCUAACAGAAGCAGAGAUCAAAUGUGGACAGAGCUUAUUGCCAGUUGUUCUACAGUGUGGAUUGUGACUGAAAUGACUCGAGCAGCAUCAGAAAGAGAAGCCUGGGACAUCCUGGAAGGUGUCAGCAGCCUGCUGGGAAAUGGUGGCGAGUGUCAGCAAAUUCAUUUUAUCUGCACCAAGUCAGAUCAUGAAAAACCAGAUGAUAUAAACAAAGUCAAGAAAGCAGUGAUGAAUGCAUUCAAAAAGCGGGAAACGAUUACGAAUCACUUCAGUGAGGAUAGUUUCCAAGUCUUCACAGUGAGCACCAAAGAGUUCCUCAAAGGGGAGAAUGUAAAUCCAGAUGUCAAUGAAAUACUGAAACUCAAGGAAAUUUUGAAAAAUCUAAAUGACGCUCAUUCAGAGACCUCAAACUAUGUGUCUGGAGCUCAUGGGAUUCUGUCUUUGAUUCAAGGAGCCAGAAGCAGAGAAGUGGUUGAACAAAAAAACGAGGUGUGUGCAGUCCUUGAGGGAAACUUGAGCAUCCAACAUAAUCGAGUCAAAAAAGCAAUUGAAGAUAUUACAAAAGCUUUUGAACAACACCUACGUGAGGGAGUUGAAAAAUCCCAAAAUUUAUGUGAAAGAAAACUGAGGUCCUUCUUGCACCCCAGUAAAACAAGUGGCAGAUCUUUUCACAAGACACUAAAGUCUGCAGUUAGGAAUGAUGGCAUCCAGAAACCAAAGAAAGGAAAACCUAAAAACCUCAACAUGAUAUUAGCGUCUUAUUUGACUGAAAGCAUUGAUGAAAAAUUCAGAAAGACCUUCCCAAACGACCUAAAAUGUGGAAAUUUCAAUGGGGCCAUUGAUGCGUUUUCACUCAGCACUGAUUCACUGAUUGAAAAGUACAAAAAUGUCGAACUGCAACUGACAUUUCUCCAGACCGAGGUAAAAGAACUUCCCUAUCCAUGAACCUGUUAGCUUAGCUAUUAUU